AUGAACUACUUCUAUGGAAAGUCAAAUAUUUUAUUCUUUUCCAAUGCCGCUUCAAGUUCUGGCAGAAUUAACAUGACGAUAAGGUAUUCUCUUGAUGAAGGCCAUACAUUUUCUAAGGGAAAGGUUGUUUAUCCUAAGAAUGGAGGAUAUUCUUCCCACGCUAUUACAAAAUACUUCGAAUUGGCAAUGUUCUAUGAAUAUCCAGAUAAAAAUGGACUUGCUGUCGAAAUUCUUCGAAUGAACUGGGUCAUGGACCAGUAA